AUGAUGCAAGGCGAGGAUGCAAAAUUCAGUUUGCCAGAGACUGGCCUUGCUAUUAUUCCAGGUGCUGGAGGAACACAGCGCCUUCCUAGGAUUGUUGGAAGGUCAAGAGCAAAGGAACUAAUAUUCACUGGUCGCAGAUUUGAUGCAGUGGAAGCUGUAACUAUGGGAGUAGUAAACUACUGUGUUCCUGCCGGUGAGGCUUAUCAAAAGGCUCUUGAACUUGCGCGGGAGAUAAACCAGAAAGGCCCGGUAGCGGUAAAAAUGGCUAAGAAGGCCAUCAAUCAAGGGGCAGAGGUAGACAUGCCCUCGGCGUUGGCUGUUGAAGAAGAAUGCUACGAGCAAGUCCUGCACACUCAGGAUCGUCUUGAAGGUCUAGCCGCAUUUGCUGAGAAAAGAAAGCCUGUAUAUAAAGGGAAGUAG